AUGAUUAGCUAUUUGCCAUAUGAUGCAUGGGUUGUUAUGGAACCACACUUAUGUGAUCCAGGGGAGUUCCUAUGUCACGAUAAUGUGACAUGUGUGUCACAAAGCUGGCUAUGUGAUGGAGAACAGGAUUGCCCCGAUAAGUCAGACGAAACACUAGGUCAUUGUAAAGAAACCGUGGAAGUUCGGUGCCCCCCGAAUCACAUACUUUGCAUUGGAUCCAAAACAUGCAUCCAUUUCUCAAAGCUCUGCAAUGGAGUAUUCGACUGCAGUGAUGGAUACGAUGAAGGGGUACAAUGCCGGGAUCUGCAAACAGCAUGUCACAAAAAGAGCUGCCAAUACCGAUGUGGAAUCAGCAGAAACAGCACCCAGUGUUACUGCAGGGAUGGCUAUGAAUUAGCAGCAGACAGGAGGAGCUGUGUAGAUGUAGAUGAGUGCACAUUGUACGGAUCCUGCAGUCAGACCUGUAGAAAUACACAGGGGUCCUACGCUUGCAGCUGCGUAGAGGGGUAUAUCAUGCAGUCUGACAACAGAUCUUGCAAAGCAAAAAAUGAGCCCGCUGACAGACCUCCGGUUCUUUUGAUUGCAAACUCUGAAACAAUUGAAGUGCUGGAUAUUAAUGGGGGCAAGGCGCUCAAUAGGAGUUCUAUAAAUUCAAAUGGAAUUCACACUCUGGAUUUUUUUUAUGAUAAAAACACAGUAUGCUGGAUCGAAUCCAAAAAGUCCUCGUACCAACUAAAGUGCCGCAAAAUCACAAAUACCUGGACCUUUACAGAGGAAAGAACAAUACACAUAUCACAAUAUCUCCACAAUGUUCAGCAAAUGGCUGUGGACUGGCUGACUGGCAAUUUUUACUUUAUGGAUCAUGGCAACGACAAAAUUUUUACAUGUAAUCGUAAUGGAACUGUAUGCAUCACCUUGAUAGAUCUUGAUCUCCACAAUUCAAAAGCCAUUGCACUGGAUCCAGUCGCAGGGAAGCUGUUCUUUACGGAUUAUGGCAAUGUGGCUAAAGUAGAACGUUGUGAUUUGGAUGGAGGAAACAGAACAAGAAUAGUUGUUUCCAAGAUUGAACAACCAAUUGCAAUCACAUUGGAUCUUGUUAAUAGACUGAUAUAUUGGGCAGAUAUCUACCUGGACUCCAUUGAAGUAGCUGAUUAUGAAGGAAGGAACAGGCAUAUGAUAUUACAUGGGCAAGAGGUCACUCAAGUAUAUGGAUUAUCUUUAUUUGAAAACUAUUUAUAUGCAACCAAUACGGAUAAUUCCAAUAUCCUGAAAAUUAACAGGUUCAAUAGCACAGAUGUUAAGUCAUUACUGAUGCUGGAAAAUGCCCACGGUAUAAAGAUCUAUCAUAAACGCACCCAGCCAUCAGUCAGGAGCCAUGCAUGUGAAAUAAACCCAGAUGGCAUGCCAGGGGGCUGCUCGCACAUCUGUCUGCUCGGAUCCAGCUACAAAACAAGGACCUGUCGCUGCAAAACUGGAUUCAGCCUGGCAAGUGAUGGAAGGUCCUGCAAAAAACCGAAGAAUGAAUUAUUCCUAUUUUAUGGAAAAGGGCGGCCAGGAAUAAUUAGAGGGAUGGAUCUUAACACCAGAGUGUCUGAUGAAUAUAUGCUUCCUAUAGAAAACUUAGUGAACCCGCGUGCUUUGGAUUAUCAUGCAGAAUCCAACUAUAUCUACUUUGCUGACACCACCAGCUUUCUCAUUGGUCGACAAAAAAUUGACGGGACAGGGAGAGAAACUAUUCUUAAAGAUGAUCUUGACAACGUGGAAGGGAUAGCUGUUGACUGGAUUGGGAAUAAUCUAUUCUGGACAAAUGAUGGACACAAGAAAACUAUAAAUGUAGCACGCUUGGAGAAAGCGUCACAGAGCAGAAAAACUUUAUUGGAAGGAGAUAUGUCACAUCCCAGAGGAAUCGUCGUGGAUCCCGGGAAUGGUUGGAUGUAUUGGACGGACUGGGAGGAGGACGUGGUUGACGACAGUGUGGGACGUAUAGAGAAAUCCUGGAUGAAUGGAUUUUACAGACAAGUUUUUGUUACCACUAAGAUGCUGUGGCCCAAUGGAUUAUCUCUGGACUAUGAGAACAAUUUACUGUACUGGUGUGAUGCCUACUAUGACCACAUAGAGCAGAUAUUCCUCAAUGGCACCAACAGAAAGGUAGUCGGUAGUGGGAAAGAGUUAAAUCAUCCUUUCGGACUCUCCCAUCACGGUCAUUAUGUCUUCUGGACAGACUAUAUGAAUGGCUAUAUAUUUCAACUUAAUCUGAAAACGAAUAAUAUCACUCUCCUAAGACAAGAGAGGCCUCCACUCUUUGGACUCCAGAUUUACGACCCAAGAAAACAGCAAGGUGACAACGCUUGCCGGAUAAACAAUGGAGGCUGUGGUACUCUUUGCCUUGCCAUUCCUGGAGGGAGAGUUUGUGGUUGUGCUGAUAACCAGCAUUUGGAUGAAAACAAUUCAACUUGUGUGUUUAAUACCGAUGAAAUAGUACCAAAGUUGUGUAAUUUGGAAGAAUUUCAAUGCAAAAACCAACACUGUAUACAAAAAGGCUGGAAAUGUGAUGGAGAAGAUGACUGCCUAGAUGGGAGUGAUGAAAAUUUUGAAGCUUGUUUGAACCACAGCUGUCCAGGAGACCAAUUUAAGUGCCAAAGUAACCGCUGUAUUCCCAAGAGGUGGCUUUGCGACGGAGCAAAUGAUUGUGGAAAUAAUGAAGAUGAAUCUAAUGAGACCUGCUCAGCCAGGACUUGUCAAGUUCACCAAUUCUCCUGCACUAAUGGACGCUGUAUAUCCAAAUCAUGGGUGUGUGACCAAGAGGAUGACUGUGGGGACAAGUCUGAUGAAUCAGCAUCUUGUGAGCUUCAGACUUGUGAUCCUGUGACUCAGUUUGUUUGUGGAAAUGGUCGAUGUGUUAGUCACAAAUGGCUCUGUGACUCAGAUGAUGACUGCGGGGAUGGAAGUGAUGAACAGGGAUGCUCAGUCUCGUGCUCAGACAAGCAGUUCAGAUGUUCUAGUGACCGCUGUAUUCCAGGGCACUGGGUUUGUGAUGGGGACAAUGACUGUGAAGAUUCCAGUGAUGAGUCUCACCCCAACUGCUCCAAAGCAGCAAUUCCUGCCUUGAAACCUUGUGAAGAAAAACAGUUCCAGUGUCAACCAGAUGGGAACUGUAUCCCAGAAUUGUGGCUUUGUGAUGGAGAGAAGGACUGUGAAGAUGGCAGUGAUGAAAGGGGCUGCAAUGGAACGUUGAGGCAAUGUGAUGUCAAGACAAAAUUUGCAUGUAAAAAUACAGGGAGAUGCAUUAGCAAUGCGUGGGUGUGUGAUGGCGAUAUUGAUUGUGACGACCACUCUGAUGAGGAUGAUUGCGAAGGUUAUAUGUGUGGACCACCCAAAUACCCCUGUGCUAACGAUACCUCCAUCUGCCUGCAGCCUGAGAAGUUGUGCAAUGGGAGAAGAGAUUGUCCCGAUGGAUCUGAUGAAGGCGAAAUUUGUGAUGAAUGUUAUUUGAACAAUGGUGGCUGCAGUCACCAGUGCAGUGUUGCUCCGGGAAGAGGAAUUGUUUGCUCGUGCCCACAGGGGAUGUAUCUGAGUAUGGAUAACAAGACCUGCAACAUUGUGGAUUAUUGCACAAAGCAUCUAAGAUGUAGUCAAGUGUGUGAGCAACACAAAAAUAUGGUCAAAUGUUCAUGCUACGAUGGCUGGACAUUGAAUCCUGAUGGAGAAACAUGUAGCAAUGUUGAUACAUUUGAAGCUUUCAUCAUUUUUUCCAUCCGUCAUGAGAUAAGACGGAUUGACCUUCAUAAAAGGGAUUACAGCCUAUUAGUGCCUGGUUUAAGGAACACUAUUGCAUUGGACUUUCAUUUUAAUCAGAGUUUGCUUUACUGGACCGAUGUUGUGGAGGAUAAAAUAUACAGAGGUCGAUUGUCAGAGACAUCAGGUGUAAGUGGCAUUGAAGUUGUCAUUCAGCACGGCCUGGCCACACCCGAGGGCCUGGCGAUAGACUGGAUAGCCGGGAGCAUGUAUUGGAUAGAUAGCAAUUUGGAUCAAAUUGAGGUUGCUAAAUUGGAUGGCAAAAUGAGGUCGACACUGAUAGCUGGUGGAAUGGAACACCCCAGAGCCAUCGCUUUGGAUCCCAGAUAUGGAAUACUGUUUUGGACGGACUGGGAUGCCACUUUUCCACGUAUCGAGUCAGCGUCAAUGAGCGGAGCUGGAAGAAAAAUUAUUUACAAAGAUAUGGAAAGUGGCGCGUGGCCCAAUGGUCUCACCGUAGAUCAUUUUGAAACAAGGAUUGUUUGGACAGAUGCCAGGUCGGAUGCCAUAUAUUCUGCUCUCUAUGAUGGAAGCUCCAUGAGGGAAAUCAUUCGUGGUCAUGAAUACCUCUCUCACCCUUUUGCUGUUUCGCUGUAUGGCAGUGAUGUAUACUGGACAGACUGGAGAACCAACACUUUGUCUAAGGCAAACAAAUGGACGGGUCAUAAUGUAAGCGUCAUACAAAAAACCAGCGCACAGCCAUUCGAUAUACAAAUUUACCAUCCAAGUCGCCAGCCUCAAGCUCCCAAUCCUUGUGCUGCUGGUAACGGGAGGGGUCCGUGUUCCCACUUGUGUUUGAUCAAUUUUAACAGAACAGCUGCUUGCUCCUGUCCUCAUCUGAUGAAAUUAUCCUCCGAUAAAAGGACUUGUCGUGAAAUGAAAAAAUUCUUGAUCUAUGCAAGAAGGUCUGAGAUCCGAGGAGUGAGCAUCGACAACCCAUAUUUCAACUUUAUAACAGCUUUUACUGUCCCGGAUAUUGAUGAUGUCGCAGUGGUUGACUUUGAUGCGGUAGAAGAGAGAUUAUAUUGGACUGAUGUAAAAACCCAAACAAUCAAACGUGCUUUUAUUAAUGGAACAAGCCUAGAGACAGUGAUUUCAGGAGAUCUCCACAGUAUCAGAGGACUGGCAGUGGACUGGGUGUCUCGUAACUUGUACUGGAUUAGUUCAGAGUUUGAUGAGACUCAAAUUAACGUGGCCAAGUUGGACGGUUCAUUGAAAACAUCAGUCAUACAUGGGAUUGAUAAAGCUCAGAGCCUAGCAGUCCACCCAAUCAGAGGGAAGAUUUUCUGGAUGGAUGGAAACAGCAUAAAUAUGGCGAACAUGGAUGGAAGUAACAGUAAGAUCCUCUUUCAGAAUCAAAGAGAACCUGUUGGAUUAUCAAUAGACUACACCGACAACAAGUUAUAUUGGAUCAGCUCUGGUAACGGGACCAUAAAUAGAUGCAGCUUGGAUGGCAGUAAUUUAGAAGUAAUAGAGUCAAUGAAGAAGGAAUUAACAAAACCUACUGCAUUAACUAUUGUGGACAACAAGCUCUGGUGGGCUGACCAGAACCUGGGCCAAGUGCGAACUUGCAAUAAAAAAGAUGGCAGCAACAUUGCAAUUGUAAGGAACAAGACCGCAGGGGUUGUUAACAUGAAGCUCUACGAUAAGGAUGCACAGCAAGGUAGUAAUCCAUGCCAGGUCAGCAAUGGUGGAUGUUCCCAGCUUUGUUUGCCAACCUCUGAAACUACUCGGACAUGCAUGUGCACCGUCGGCUACAACCUUCGAAAGAACCGCAUGUCUUGUCAAGGUAUAGAGUCAUUUCUCAUGUACUCUGUACACGAAGGAGUUAGAGGAAUUCCACUCGAUCCCAGCGACAGAAUGGAUGCCCUCAUGCCGAUCUCUGGAACCUCUUUUGCUGUGGGCAUAGAUUUCCAUGCAGGGAAUGACACAAUCUAUUGGACUGACAUGGGGUACAAUAAAAUCAGCCGCUCCAAACGAGACCAAACCUGGAGAGAAGAUAUAAUCACAAAUGGACUUGGGAGAGUGGAAGGAAUAGCGAUUGACUGGAUAGCCGGCAAUAUCUAUUGGGCAGACCACGGUUUCAAUCUAAUUGAAGUUGCAAGACUCAAUGGCUCCUUCAGAUAUGUGGUGAUCUCAAGAGGUAUAGAUCAGCCCAGAGCCGUAGCCGUACAUCCUGAAAAAGGUUAUCUUUUCUGGACUGAAUGGGGGCAAACACCUUGUAUAAGUAGAGCUCGUUUGGAUGGAUCUGAAAGAACUGUCCUGGUGAACACAGGAAUCUCAUGGCCUAAUGGAAUCUCUGUAGACUAUGAGGAAAACAAAUUAUACUGGUGCGAUGCCCGUACGGACAAGAUAGAAAGGAUCGACCUUGAAAGUGGACGGAAUCGGGAGAUUGUGCUGUCAGGGAGCAAUGUGGAUAUGUUUUCAGUUGUCGUCUUCGGGGCUUACAUCUACUGGUCUGACAGAGCACACUCAAAUGGCUCCAUCAGAAGGGGCCACAAGAAUGAUGUCUCAGAUGCUGUGACCAUGAGGAUGGGACUUGGGAUUAACCUAAAGGAUGUAAAAGUCUUUAAUCGAGCAAGAGAGAAAGGAACCAACAUCUGUGCUAAAAACAAUGGAGGAUGUCAACAAAUUUGCUUAUACCGGGGGAAUAUGCAAAGGACGUGUGCUUGUGCUCAUGGAUAUCUAGCCAAAAACGGGAUUACUUGUCUAAAACACAGGGGUUAUUUGCUAUACUCUGGAAGAACAGUUUUGAAAAGCAUUCACCUUUCUGAUGAAACAAAUUUGAAUUCACCCAUUCAUCCAUAUGAAAAUCCGGAAUAUUUCAAAAACAUCAUUUCCCUGGCAUUUGAUUACAAUUUCAGUGAAAAAGGAACUAACCGCAUUUUCUACAGUGAUGCUCAUUAUGGAAAUAUCCAGUUAAUUAAAGAUGAUUGGACGGGAAGAAAAGUGAUUAUUGAAAAUGUGGGCUCUGUGGAAGGUCUGGCUUAUCACCGAGCCUGGGAUACUCUCUACUGGACAAGCUCUACUACCUCAUCCAUCACACGCCAUACUGUAGACCAGAGUCGGAGAGGGGCCUUCAACAGGCAGGCUGUUAUCACCAUGUCUGAGGAUGACCACCCCCAUGUUUUAGCACUCGAUGAAUGCCAAAAUUUAAUGUUUUGGACUAACUGGAAUGAACAACACCCAAGUAUCAUGAGGUCCACCCUUUCUGGGAAAAAUGCCCAAGUCAUUGUCAGCACGGACAUCGUUACUCCAAAUGGUCUGACUAUUGAUCACUCGGCAGAGAAACUCUACUACUCUGAUGGCAGCCUGGGGAAGAUAGAGAGAUGUGAAUAUGAUGGGUCACGCAGAUACGUAAUUGUUAGAUCGGGACCUGGCACAUUCCUAAGUAUGGCCAUUUAUGAUAACUAUAUAUUCUGGUCAGAUUGGGUAAGAAGAGCAAUUUUACGCUCCAACAAAUACACCGGAGGGGAGACAAAGGUUCUGCGAGCAGAUAUCCCUCAUCAACCUAUGGGCAUCAUAGCAGUGGCCAAUGACACCAACAGCUGUGACUCGUCGCCAUGUUCCUACAUAAAUGGAGGUUGCCAUGACCUUUGUCUUCUUACUGCUGACGGUCGCGUCAACUGUUCGUGCAGAGGAGACCGAGUAUUAUUAGAUGACAACAGAUGUGUGACCAGAAAUUCAUCUUGCAACAUGUUUUCUGAGUUUGAAUGUGGGAAUGGUGAAUGCAUUGAGUAUGAACUGACCUGUGAUGGCAUUGCACACUGUAAAGACAGAUCAGAUGAGAAGCAUUCGUAUUGUGAGAACCGGAGCUGUUGGAAAGGCUAUAAGCUUUGCGGGAAUCGGCGCUGCAUUUCCAAUAAUAAAGUCUGUGAUGAUGAAGAUGACUGUGGGGACAACUCAGAUGAACUAGACUGCAAAGUUUCCACAUGUGCCUCUACGGAGUUCCGCUGCACCGAUGGCACCUGCGUUACCAAAUCAUCACAAUGUAACCAGAUGAUUGAUUGCUCCGACGCCUCUGAUGAAAAGAACUGCAACAAUACCGACUGCUCUCAUUACUACAAGCUUGGAGUGAAAAAGUCUGGAUUUAUACCCUGCAAUUCCACUUCCCUGUGCAUUCUGCCAGAAUGGAUCUGCGAUGGCGCAAACGACUGCGGGGACUAUUCCGAUGAAUUAAAAUGCCCAGCAAAAAAACAACAUAAAUGUGAAGAAAAUUACUUUUCAUGUCGCAGUGGAAGGUGCAUUUUAAAUACCUGGGUUUGUGAUGGCCAGAAAGACUGUGAUGAUGGCACUGAUGAGCUGCACUGCGGUACUUCUUGUUCAUGGAGUCAGUUUGCCUGCUCGAAAAGCAAGUGUAUAUCUAAGCAGUGGAUGUGCGAUGGAGAGGAUGAUUGUGGGGAUGGUUCAGAUGAAAGUGAUGACGUCUGUGGGUCCGUGACGUGUGCUUCUGAUAUGUUCAGCUGUCCUAAUUCCCACGCCUGUGUUCCUUUCCACUGGUUAUGUGAUGGAGAAAGAGAUUGUCCUAAUGGUAGUGAUGAGCUAUCUACUGCUGGCUGUGCUCCUGUUACUACCUGUGAUGAAAAUGCUUUUAUGUGCAAGAACAAAAUCUGCAUCCCUAAGCAGUUCCUCUGUGACCAUGAUGACGACUGCGGAGACGGUUCUGAUGAAUCUUUGGAAUGUGGUUACCGCCAAUGUGCCCCUGAUGAGUUUAUCUGUGCUGAUGGCCGCUGCUUGCUGAAUUUCCAGUGGCAAUGUGAUGGGGACUUUGAUUGUCCUGAUGGCUCAGAUGAAGCUCCACUGAAUAGAAAGUGCCUAAAUGCAGAACAGUCGUGCAACAGCUCAUCUUUUAUAUGUAAAAAUGGAAAGUGUGUACCUGAGGGAGUUCUUUGUGACACCACAGAUGACUGUGGAGAUGGAUCUGAUGAGAGAGGCUGCCAUUUAAAUGAAUGUUUAAGUAAAAGAGUCAGUGGUUGUUCCCAAGACUGUCAAGAUCUCCCAGUUGGAUACAAGUGCCAGUGCUGGCCUGGAUUUCGAUUAAAGAAUGAUGGGAAGACGUGCGUGGACAUUGAUGAAUGUUCAGACGGUUUUCCCUGUAGCCAGCAAUGCAUCAAUACAUAUGGGACGUACAAGUGCUUGUGUUCAGACGGGUAUGAAAUACACCCUGAAAAUCAAAAUGGCUGCAAAUCUUUAUCAGCGGAAGACCCUUUCCUCCUCCUCGCUGAUCACCAUGAAAUACGAAGAAUGAGCACGGAUGGAUCUAAUUACACUAUGCUGAAGCAGGGAUUAAACAAUGCAAUUGCAAUGGACUUUGAUUACAGAGAAGAGGUUGUCUAUUGGAUUGAUUCCAGCAGAUCUAACGGAAGCCGUGUUAAUCGGAUGUUUGUGAACGGCAGCGAUGCAAAGGUAGUACAUAACACAGCUAUACCCAACGCACUGGCCGUGGACUGGAUUGGGAAGAAUCUCUACUGGUUUGAUACAGAGAAGCGGGUUGUUGAAGUGUCCAAGCUUAAUGGCUUAUACCCCACUAUACUUGUUAGCAAAAAGAUUAAGUUUCUAAGAGAUCUAUCACUGGAUCCACAAACAAGGUAUCUGUACUGGAUAGACUGCUGUGAGUAUCCUCACGUUGGACGUGUUGCGAUGGAUGGCUCCAAUCAAAGUGUUGUCAUAGAAACGAUGAUUUCCAGACCAACAGCUUUGACAAUAGAUUAUGUCAACAGACAAAUUUACUGGGCUGACGAGAAUCAUAUUGAAUUCUCAGACAUCAAUGGAUUCCAUCGACAUAAAGUACCCAUCCAAGAGGUCCAGGGUGUGAUAGCAUUAACAUUGUUUGAAGACUACAUCUACUGGACGGACGGCAAAACCAAGUCUCUGAGCCGAGCCCACAAAACCUCAGGAGCAAACAAGACAAUACUGCUUAACUCUUGGCAUACCAUAUCAGAUAUUGAAGUAUACCAUGCUUAUCGGCAGCCUGACGUGCCUGACCACCCUUGUAAAAUUAACAACGGAGACUGCAGUCACUUAUGUCUAUUAUCGCCCCACCGGUCACACACCUGUGCCUGCCCCACUAAUUUUUACCUCUCGGAAGAUAAUAAGACAUGCCUGUCUAACUGUACCGCCAGUCAGUUCCGCUGCAAUACAGAUAAAUGUAUUCCAUUUUGGUGGAAAUGCGACACAGUAGAUGACUGUGGAGAUGGAUCCGAUGAGCCUCCUGAAUGUCCUGAAUUCAAGUGCCAGCCGGGGAGGUUUCAAUGCGGCACCGGACUUUGCGCCCUCCCAGCUUUUAUCUGCGACGGAGAAAACGAUUGCGGGGACAAUUCAGAUGAACUCAACUGUGACACCUACGCCUGUCUGUCUGGUCAGUUCAAAUGCACCAAGAAGCAGAAAUGCAUCCCGAUAAAUCUCCGAUGCAACGGCCAGAACGACUGCGGAGAUGAAGAAGAUGAGAUUGAUUGCCCAGAAAACAGCUGCUCUCCCGACCACUUCCAAUGCAAAACCACAAAGCAUUGUAUAUCUAAACUGUGGGUGUGCGAUGAAGACGCCGACUGUGCGGACGGCUCCGACGAAGCAAACUGCGAUAAAAAGACCUGCAGCCCGCAUGAGUAUCAGUGCAAAAAUAAGAAUUGCAUUCCCGAUCACUGGCGAUGUGAUGGUCAGAAUGACUGUGGAGAUAACUCAGAUGAGGAAUCAUGCAAACCUCAAACGUGUGCAUUGAAAGAGUUUCUCUGUGGUAACGGGGACUGCAUUUCCUCUAGGUUUUGGUGUGAUGGAGAAUAUGACUGUGCAGAUGGAACGGAUGAGAGAAACUGUGCGAACAGCUGCUCCAAAGACCAGUUCCAGUGUGCCACCGGCCAGUGCAUAGCAGCCAAAUGGAAAUGUGAUGGACAUGAGGACUGUAAAACCGGAGACGAUGAGAAAAAUUGCGAGCCAGCCUCGCCAACCUGUUCCUCCAGUGAGUACGUCUGUGACAGUGGUGGCUGCAUCUCGGCCUACCUCAGGUGUAACGGUGAAUAUGAUUGUGCUGAUGGCUCUGAUGAGGUUGAUUGUGUGACUGACUGCAAAGACCACCAGUUUCGAUGCCGCAAUAAGGCCUACUGCAUCCCAGUCAGAUGGCUGUGUGACGAAGUCCAUGACUGUGUAGACGGCAGCGAUGAAGAUAACUGUGAGAGAGGGGAAAAUAUAUGCCGAGCAGAUGAGUUCCUGUGCAAUAACACCCUAUGUAAGCUGCGUCUAUGGCUUUGCGAUGGAGAAGAUGACUGUGGAGAUAACUCUGAUGAAGUGCCUGAAAUGUGUGUCAAAUUUCCAUGCCCAUCGACAAGACCUUUCCGAUGUCAUAAUAACCGCGUGUGCCUAAGGAUGGAACAGAUUUGUAAUGAACUGGAUGAGUGCGGAGAUAACUCCGAUGAGGCUCACUGUGGUACGUGGAAUUUACCCUAUAAAGUGAAACCUUGCAAGAAGGAUGAAUUUACCUGCAAUAAUAAGAAGUGUGUGGCGUCUGAUCUGCAGUGUGACCAGUUCGAUGACUGCGGAGAUGGCAGCGAUGAAAGAGGAUGCAAAACAGAGCCAAACUUAUACUCCUGCGAAUCGGAGGUAAAUCCUUGCGGAGACGAUGCCUACUGUAAUCAGACAGGCACACCUGCUUUAUGUCACUGUAAGCCAGGCUUCCAAAGAAACUUAAAGAACAGACAAUGCGAAGAUAUCAAUGAGUGCCUACUCCUAGGAAGCUGUUCCCACCAUUGUACUAACUUGAAGGGGUCCUACCGAUGCACCUGUGACAGAAACUUCAUCGCAAGGGGCAACAGUUGCACCAUCAAAGACUCCGAAGAACAAAUACUCUAUGUCGCCAAUGACACUGAGGUCCUCGCUUUCAGAUACCCCUUUGGUUACAACGCGGGGCAUCAGCAGAUAUCUCGCAUUGCGCAUAACUCUCGAAUCACAGGAAUGGACAUGUACCUUCAAGGCAAUAUGAUUAUAUGGAGCACACAGUUCAACCCAGGAGGAAUUUUCUACAAUACAUUUCAUGGCAGAGGAGGGAAGGAAACCAGAAGUGGUUUAAUUUGUCCUGAAUUUAAAAGACCCAGGGAUAUCGCUGUGGACUGGGUAGCAGGAAACAUCUACUGGACGGACCACUCCCGCAUGCAUUGGUUCAGUUAUUAUACCACUCACUGGGCAAGCCUGAGAUAUUCCAUAAAUGUCGGUCAAAUAAAUGGACCCAACUGUACACGACUUCUCACCAACAUAGCCGGAGAGCCUUAUGCAAUUGCUGUAAAUCCUAAAAAAGGGAUGAUGUACUGGACUGUCAUCGGAGAUCGGUCACAUAUUGAGGAGGCGGCCAUGGAUGGUACUUUAAGAAGAGUUAUAGUGCAAAAAAACUUACAAAGACCAACAGGUCUCGUGGUUGAUCAUUUUGGCCAACGCCUUUACUGGGCCGAUUUUGAACUGUCUGUGAUCGGCACAGUCCGGCUAGAUGGAUCCGAUUUAGCAACAGUUGUCAGAAGUAAGCAUGGGCUGAUGUACCCUCACAGAAUCGACGUGUUUGAGGAUUACAUUUAUGGCGCUGGUCUUAAAAAUGGUGCAUUUAGGAUACAGAAGUUUGGGAAUGGCGCGAUGGAGUAUCUGAACUUAAAUGUGGAGAAAGCAAAAGGUGUCUUAAUUUCACAUCACUACAAGCAGCCUUACUUGCACAAUCCUUGUCUGGACGUAAAAUGUGAAUUCAUCUGUCUGCUUAGCCCCAAUGGGGCAACCUGUGGGUGUCCUGAAGGAAAAGUUUUAAUAAAUGGAACAUGUUCAGACCAAAAUUAUGCAGAUGACUUAUGCAAACUGACUUGCGAAAAUGGAGGCAGAUGCAUUGUAAAUGAGAAAGGCGACCUAAGAUGCCACUGCUGGCCCAGUUUCUCAGGAGAAAGAUGUGAAAUGAACCACUGUAGUAAUUACUGCUUGAAUGGAGGAACUUGCACGGCGUCUGCUCUCGGAAAGCCAACCUGCAACUGUGCACUGGGCUACACCGGUCCCAACUGCAGUAAAAAGGUCUGUGACAAUGUCUGUCAAAAUGGAGGCACAUGCAGCGUAUCACCUGGCAAUCAACCCCUAUGUCACUGCCUUACUGAAUAUACAGGGGACAGAUGUCAAUACCACGUGUGCCACCACUACUGCGUAAACUCCGAAUCUUGCACAAUCUCCGAUGAUGGCCGGGUAGAAUGUGUGUGUCCUAUAAGAUAUGAAGGCCCAAAAUGUGAAGUAGACAAAUGUCAGAGGUGUCACGGAGGAUUCUGCAUUAUAGAUAAGAAUGACUACGAUGUCAAGUGCAACUGCAGUAAUGGAAAAAUCGCCUCUAGCUGUCAGUUAUGUGACGGGUACUGUUACAAUGGGGGCACAUGUCGCCUGGACCCAGAGACAAAUGUACCUGUCUGUGUAUGUUCAGCCAACUGGUCAGGAAAGCAGUGUGAGAGGCCAGCUCCCAAGAGCAGUAAGUCUGACAAUGCCGGUUCAAGAAGCAUUGCAAUUAUUGUGCCACUUGUUCUGCUGGUGACUCUAAUAACAACUUUGGUGAUCGGGCUGAUACUAUGUAAAAGAAGGAGGAGGGCAAAAACAAUCAGAAGACAACCAAUAAUGAAUGGAGGAAUGAAUGUUGAAAUUGGAAAUCCAUCAUAUAACAUGUAUGAAGUGGACCAUGACCACAACGAUGGAACAUUAUUAGACCCAAAUUUCAUCAUAGAAUUAGACAAGUCCAGGUUCAUAGCGGGUGGGCAUGCGGCUUUCAAACUGGCCCAUACUGCACCACCAAUCUACUUAAAUUCAGAUCUGAAAGGACCACUAGCACCAGGGCCAACAAAUUACACCAACCCAGUUUAUGCAAAACUUUUUGUGGAUGGGCACAAUUGUCGGAAUUCCUUAAUCAGCGUAGAAGAAAGACGAGAACUUCUUCCAAAGAAAAUUGAAAAUGUCAUCCGGGAGACUGUGGCUUAA